AGCAGCACAGAUCCUUUGCAAACAAACCGGCGCUUCAUGAGCAGGAGGAGAGGUCUGUGCUUCCAAGUGGAACAUUAUUGGAUGUUGAAAUCAGCUUCAGAGGCAUCAUCCUUGUGUCUUGUGCUCACUGACGUUGUUGGCUUUUGUGUAGCAGGUCGCUCAGAGUUGUGGUUGUUAAGUUGCAAGUCGUGCUGUUGAGAUUUUUAACAUGAGUAAGUUUGACGAUGAGCUGACUCAGAAGGAGCAGGGGUUGUUGAAAAUCCGUCGAGACAGCGACACCAAGGCUGCCGAACUGGUCAAGAUGGAGAAGAUGCUGCAGCAGACCAAGAACCUGUUGGACAAGAAGACAGAGUCUAGUUCAGACAGCAUGUGCUACCAGGAAAACAUGGUGGAGGACCUGGAGGAGAAAGUGCGCUCCAGCAGGCGACACAGGAGAAACUCCCUCCAUCACACGCAGAUGCUGGAGAGCCAGAUGAAGACGGUGAAGGGUGAGCUGGUGGGCACGCUGGACCACCUUCAGGAGCUGAGGAACGUCUUGCGCCGCUCGCAGCAGAAAGCAGAGGAGCGUAAAGCCGCGAUGGAGAAGCUGGCAGCGGGGAUGAGGUGAAGCAACAACGAGGUUUUGACCUUUUCAAGCUUCAACACACCAACUGAGUGUCUGACCUGACGCCCUACGCCCCAACGAAGUUUACAUCAAACACCUAUACUAGAAGAAAGAGACUUGAGCUGCUGUGUGAGGCCAUUGUUUGGCAUCCAAAGACUACAUUGAGAAGACUUGGUAUUUCACAACCUGCCUCUAAAAGUUUAAAGUAGCUUCUUCUUCCUUUUAUUCCCCAUUUUUGUCCCGCUCUUAUUAAUCCUCUGGAAGCAAACAGAGCGAUGAUUCUAAAUCUCUGCUGCUUAUAGCAAAAAACUGUUUAAAAAAGAUCUAUUACAUUAUGCAUACAGUUAGAGCUGCAACAAUUAAUCAAUUAGUUGUCAACU